AUGGUAGAUGGUCGCCCCGCUUCGUCCGUAUUCGAAGAAAAGCUGGAAAGGACUGUGUUUUGUCGCGUUUUCUUUGGCUGGACCAAAACAGAAGGAUGCGUCAUGGAUCGUGGCAUUUGGGAGAGCGACAAGACAGAUCUCUCGGCCCUUUUGUGGGGCUGGCCAUCCAAGUUUGGCGGUGUCCGUGGAGGCGGGGGAAUGCAGAUUCCAGGGCAACUUGUGGAUUGUCAGGAGCGAGUUAGAGCGUGGAGGGAGUGA